AUGGCGUCCCGUGUCCUAGCGCAGUGUGUCCGCCAGCUCGCCCGGCCUUCUGCGAGGCUCUCGUCGGGCAACGUUGCAGUGAGAGCCGCCGCCGCCGCCCCGGUCCCGGUCCUGUCCAACCCCCGGUCAUUCUCCUCCAUUGGCAGCAGUCAGCGGACACGGUGGAUCCAACAAACCCGGGUCAGUCUUUGAAUAACAUUGAACCCACUCGGGUCGCUGCUGCUGUGGCCUAGCAGUACUGGUUUUGCACAUUGACCUACCAGUGCCUUUCCGACCAAAUCGGUUAACUAGUGAUAGCUAGCUAGUGGCCUGUCACUGUGCACGGCCAAGGUCUUACAACUGGGUCACAAUUGUCUAAUUCAACCAAACUGUCUCUGAAAAGUGCCUAGUUGGAGAUAUUACAUUACAAAACAACCGACCGUGUCUCACGCGUUAGCCUAAGCAAGUUAACAGCUAGCUUGCGCUAAUUGACCUGUAAUCGUUUAGGUACUCGGCUAGCUAGUUGAGUACAAUCAAAAGAUACUUUUAUGUUCAACUAUUCAUCUGUGGUACAGUCAAGUACUGUACUGUUAACCUAGCUUACUAGCUAGCUAGUACGUUAUCAAGUGUGUACUAGCUAGAUGAGUCGAUUGACACAUUUUUAAUUUAAACCAAAGCAAAUGUGUAGUUCCUAGCUAUUAUCAAUGCCUGGGGUUGUGUGACUGGACGAUACAUGCAUGGCUUGUGCAACACCACUGCACUACAUACAAUGCGGUGGACAUCUGUAACAUUAGUUAGCUAGCUAGCUAUUACCUCUAGGCUUGAACUUCACUGCUUGAUGGUCGAAAGGGUGCAUUAUGCUGAAGUGUUGUCAGUAAAGCUGGCAUCGACAAGUGAAUGACCUCUAAACCCAUCCCUGUUUCCCCUUCCUCCUUCCUCGCUUUCUUCUUGUCUCUCUAGAUCUCUAGCUCAGUGGGGUUGUUGUGCAGACAGUAUGGAGACCUGCCCCCCCUCACCAUUGAGACCAUUAAAGAGCGCGUCAUGUACGUCCUCAAGCUCUACGACAAGAUCAACCCAGAGAAGGUAAGGACAGACCGAGGCACCGGUGGCUCGUUUGAGAGUAGGAAUACCGAGGGGGGGUGUGAUCAUUAGUCCAAACAGUUGAGUUUUCCAAUGAAAACAAAGAGUUUCUAUUGGACAAAUUCCCUCUUGUUUCGUUCCAUCCGCUACAGCACGGUUCCGUUUGGUGUCUAGUGAAUUACACCCCAGAUAUCUAGGAUCAGUUUGACUUUUCAGACAACAUCAACGCUCCUUAUCUGAGGCAGCUGGACAGCAAGUCUCCUUUGAGGCCCAAAAGCACCUGGGCAUGUAUUACAUUUACAUUUUAGUCAUUUAGCAGACGCUCUUAUCCAGAGCGACUUACAGUUAGUGAUUUUUUUUUAUUAAUUUUUUAUACUGGCCCCCGUGGGAUCGAACCCACAACCCUGGCGUUGCAAACGCCAUGCUCUAUCAACUGAGCUACAUCCCUGCCGGCCAUUCCCUCCCCUACCCUGGACGACGCUGGGCCAAUUGUGCGCCGCCCCAUGGGGUCUCCCGGUCGCGGCCGGCUGCGACAGAGCCUGGACUCGAACCAGGAUCUCUAGUGGCACAGUUAGCACUGCGUUGCAGUGCCUUAGACCACUGCGCCACUCAGGAGUAUUCAUAAAGUAUAUUAUAUUUAAGUGAUAAUUCCCCGAGAAGAGAUGCCUUUUGAGAGGACAUUAUCGCCUUUAUACAUCAGGUUACCGACAUAUUCAAAUAAUAAUGAUUGACAUAUUUUCAUCAAAAAAAACUUUAUUUUGAUUAAUUUAUUCAUACUAUUUCAUUCUUCCACAAGAUAUAGUCCCGACACAAAUCUAGGGUUGCUACCCAAGCCGGCUGGUCGUUCGUGCUAUCGGUUCGGUUGCCAGAGACGCGACCCAGUCGCUCAGUCUUUUUGUUCUGUAUCUAUGGACGUGACCCAGUCGCUCAGUCUUUUUGUUCUGUAUCUAUGGACGCGACCCAGUCGUUCAGUCUUUUAGUUCUGUAUCUAUGGACGUGACCCAGUCGUUCUGUAUCUAUGGACGCGACCCAGUCGUUCAGUCUUUUUGUUCUGUAUCUAUGGACGCGACCCAGUCGUUCAGUCUUUUUGUUCUGUAUCUAUGGACGCGACCCAGUCGUUCGUUCUAAAUGUUCCAUUGCCAUACUGGCUGGCAACGUUCUUAUCCCUUUCUUGCUAGCUAGCCAACUACGGCUAACUUAGUCACGUCAAAAAGUGCAGUCAGAAUAACAGCAAAGUAGCUGUGUUUGUUUAAGCUGUUUUCUAGUGACAUUUAUUUGUAUGUAUCCAUAACAAUGAGCUAAUGAGGCGCGAUUUCACCCUGGCAUAGAAAAUGUGCUCGCUGGUCAGGACACUGUUGUUCAGAGGAGCUGGCCAACAACACAGCUAACACAAUCACUUCAAACUGAAGCUGGAAAGACUGCAAACUACAGUAGCUGCACUUUGUUUCGUUUGACCUUUUUUCAAUUUACAUUUCUUUUUAAAUAUCCAUAAAAAUGAUGCCCGCUGAUUCAUGAUUUCGACUGGCUGAGAAACUCUGCCUCCCCUUUCUGUCUCGUCCACGACUCCCGACACGUUCAUUACUAUGGGACAGUUGGAGAUCAAAUUUGAAGAUUGUAACAAUGUUGCAAAUGUCGGAGAGACAGACAGCCAGGUUUAUACAAAUAUCCGCUGUUGAAAGCUAAAUGUUAGUCUAAAAGAAAUGUGAGAUAAUGUCUAGAUGCUUUUUAUAGUGGAGUUCAAGUUUAUAAAUUGCCUGGCUGGGCUGAUGAGACAGUGGAUUGGGCAGUCAGAUAAUAAUAAUAAUAUGCCAUUUAGCAGACGCUUUUAUCCAAAGCGACUUACAGUCAUGCGUGCAUACAUUUUUUGUGUAUGGGUGGUCCCGGGGAAUCGAACCCACUACAAGAUGGAACAGAGUAAAUAGGCAUUUUAACGUCAUAGAUUUAGCCGGCGGUAACUUGUGGAAUAGACAUCGGCCGGAAUGCGCUUUUAACCAAUCAGCUUUCAGGAUUAGACCCACCCGUUGUAUAAAUACAAAAGCAUGUGGAGACCCCCUUCAAAUUAGUGGAUUCGGCUAUUUCAGCCACACCCGUUGCUGACAGGUGUCUAAAAUCGAGCACACAGCCAUGCAAUCUCCAUAGACAAACCCAACCUCCUCUGAUCCAUCAACCAGCCCCCUGUGUGUGUUCCAACCUCCUCUGAUCCAUCAACCAGCCCCCUGUGUGUGUUCCAACCUCCUCUGAUCCAUCAACCAGCCCCCUGUGUGUGUUCCAACCUCCUCUGAUCCAUCAACCAGCCCCCUGUGUGUGUUCUAACCUCCUCUGAUCCAUCAACCAGCCCCCUGUGUGUGUUCUAACCUCCUCUGAUCCAUCAACCAGCCCCCUGUGUGUGUUCUAACCUCCUCUGAUCCAUCAACCAGCCCCCUGUGUGUGUGUGUAAUCUAUAUGUACCACCUGCCUCUAUCCUCAGCUGGUGACGUCGUCCCACUUCCUGAAGGACCUGGGGUUAGACAGCUUGGACCAGGUGGAGAUCAUCAUGGCCAUGGAGGAUGAGUUUGGUGAGUCUCCCUGGGGGUCUGUCUGUCCAUCUUUCUCUCUCUCUGUCUGUCUGUUGGUCUGUCUCUCCCUGUCUGUCUCCCUGCUGGUCCACCAGUUGAUUAUAAUAGAAAUGUCCGUUCUAGACUAGUCGUUCUGUUUCCAUGACAUGAACUUAGAUUUCUGGAUGAACUAUCCCCUUUUCCACUUCCUACCUACAGCCUAUAUACAACUAUUGGUUAAUACCGCUGGGUUAACGUGUGUGUGUGGUGUGUGUUAACGUGUGUGGUGUGUGUGUGUGUUAACGUGUGUGUGUGUGUUAACGUGUGUGUGUGUGUUAACGUGUGUGUGUGUGUGUUAACGUGUGUGUGUGUGUUAACGUGUGUGUGUGUGUGUGUGUGUGUGUGUGUUAACGUGUGUGUGUUAACGUGUGUGUGUGUGUGUGUGUUAAUGUGUGUGUGUGUGUGUGUGUGUGUGUGUGUUCCUGCUACAGGGUUUGAGAUCCCAGACGCGGAGGCAGAGAAGCUGAUGUCUCCUCAGGAUAUCGUCCAGUACAUCGCCGACAAGAAGGACGUGUAUGAAUAGAACCAAGCUAGGAUUACUAGCGCACUCAGAGUGAGUGUCCACUCCGCCUUUUCCCCAUGUCGUUGAGAAGGGAGAAGUGUAACGCUCGCUCACCAUAAAAUAAAACUAAAACUACAUUAUUUUAUUUAAACAACUAUUAAAAGCUUUGUGUUUCGGCCUUCAUCAGAACCAUGUCAUUAGUCUCCAAUGACGUGUAUAUAUAUCCUGAAUUGCUGAUGCUAUGUUUUGACCAUGAAGAGACUUUGAAGCCAGCAGGUCGGCCAUAUUGCCACUCCUCAGUAGAAGCAGUCCUCCGUAGGAAUGAAUGGAAUUCUACAGUAUUUCAUUUGAAAUGUUUUGUAUUUCUGCAUUUAAGAUGUGUUUUGUUGUUGUAGCGAGGACAGUAAUAUUAGUACUUUCAAAAAAAUAUUAUACUUUAAGGAAAAUAUUUUGUUCAUUUGUUUAGCGCACAUAGUAUAAUUUAAAAAUAAUGCAUUAAGGCGUCUGUAAUACAAUUAAAAUGUAAGACAUUACAGUAAAUGCAUUUCUAUAACUUCCAAAGUGUUUGUUUUUUUACGAUGUGGGAGAGCCAAGAUGUAGACGCGGUGGCUUCAACACAGCGCCCCCUAUCAGUCACCGAGUGCAGUAGUUCCCAAAACUCUGUGGUGCGCCCCCUAGAGGGGGAGGUAGGGAGGUGCGGGCCUCAGUCAGCCUUUCAACUUACUCUUUGAGUGUGUCCAGAUCAACUUGCCCGUGUCAGCUAACAUUUCUUUGGCUUAGGUUUUUGUAGCCCAUAGGUUUUUGUUGUAAUGUUCGGGUCAAAUCACGUGAAUACACAUCUCAGACGUGACAAAACGUGUAUAUAGGAUUACAAGAAAAUGAUCUUUUAAACCGGAAACGUUUUAUCUCCGCCAACAAAGAGGGGUGUGAACAGUUUGUCAUGAACAGUGCUUGUGGCCCAUAGAAAUAGACCUGGCGUAGGGGGGGAGGGGGAUGUUUCCCCCUGCUGGAAGGGGGGCCUGGGGAUGUUCCCCCUGCUGGAAGGGUGGGGGAUGUUCCCCCUGCUGGAAGGGGUGGGGGGGAUGUUCCCCUGCUGGAAGGGGGGCCUGGGGUGGGGGAUGUUCCCCCUGCUGGAAGGGGUGGGGGGGAUGUUCCCCCGCUGGAAGGGGGGCCUGGGGUGGGGGAUGUUCCCCCUGCUGGAAGGGGUGGGGGAUGUUCCCCUGCUGGAAGGGGUGGGGGGAUGUUCCCCUGCUGGAAGGGGGGCCUGGGGUGGGGGAUGUUCCCCCUGCUGGAAGGGGGGGGCCUGAGUGAAACAGUUAGGGAACCCCUUCUCUAGUGUAUAUACAUAAAUCAGUUAGCCUCCCCGUGUCAUUACCGUUUCAGACGGAAAUCAAUCCAACACAGAUUAGUGACCUGCGCGCAGUGAUGGACUUUUAAAAAGGCCGUUUCCAUAGACGUUCGCAGAAAUCACGUUCGCUGCAAACGCUGCAGAUGCCUCGAGCAGAAAUGACCUGCAGCAGUCAACCGCAGUGCACAGGCGGUUUCCUCUGGGGUAGUCAGUCAACCGCAGUGCACAGGCGGUUUUCUCUGGGGUAGUUUGAAUCCCUGCCUUUUAUUAACUGGUCUAAAACAUAGAAUCAGCUUCUACUUCAUCACAUUAAAAACCACGUUUAUUAAAUUAAGCUGUUCCUGCAUCUGUGUUUACUGAGGUGGAACUUCCUGCUUGUUGUUCCUGUGUUUACUGAGGUGGAACUUCCUGUUUCUGCUCCUCACAGGAAGUCCUGAUGAUGCCGUCUGA